GGCGCCGUGUCGGCUUUACGCGCGGAGCUGCUAACGCCGGGCGCCUCCCGGACGCAGCUGGGUUGGGCUACUUGGUCGCCGGCGAAGGCGACGGCGGGGGGGAGUGAGGAGUGCGGCGGCGGCGGCCGCGGGCAGUCCCCGUCCCUGGAGCAAGGGGCGGGCGGUGGACGCAGGUGGGCGAGUCUCUCUGGCUUUUCCCGGUGAGGACUUGGGUUGCGUCUGGCGGAGCGGUGGAAUCACUGGUGGCUGUGCGGGCGACUGUUCUUGGUGGCAUGUUCCUGCAGUAAGUUUGCUUCAGCAAACGUUUUGAUGCCUGACCUUCCUAUACGGAUUAUACUCAACAUCUUGUUUAGAAAAUGGGUCCUACAGGACGCCUCGUUACCAUCAAAAGGAGUGGGGUGGACGGCCCCCACUUUCCACUGAGCCUCAGCACCUGCUUGUUUGGAAGGGGUAUCGAAUGUGACAUUCGUAUCCAACUCCCUGUUGUGUCAAAACAGCAUUGCAAAAUUGAAAUCAGUGGGCAGGAGGCGAUACUGUUUAAUUUCAGUUCCACCAAUCCGACACAAGUGAACGGAUCUGUCAUCGCACAGCCUGUUCAGCUAAAGCACGGAGAUGUGAUCACCAUUGUCGAUCGUUCUUUCAGGUAUGAAAAUGAAAAUCAUCAGAAUGGAAGCGAGUCAACGGAAUUCCUGGGACAAAAACGCAAACAGGAAUCUCUGCAUCGGGUCUCAAGAUCUAGCUUCUCUUCCGACCCUGAUGGGAAAGUUCAAGAUUCCAAUGCCCGUUCAAAAUUCUCUGAAGAAAAUGUUUCAGGAGGUCCUCUGGUACACGUGAAGCAUGGCAAAGCAGCCGGCACAGUCUCGGAUGGCCUCGAAGAUCACACUGCUAGCAAAACUCUUAAUGGUGUUCAUUCCUCAGAACUUCCUGGAGAGAAUUACAGAAAUGCAAUGGAUCCUACAGCUGGGGAUCUUGAGGAAGAUUCCAGCGGACCCCUAGUGAGCUGUAAUGGAGAACUGAAGUCUUUCCCUUCUACAUGCUGUCCAGAGAAUAGCGAAAACCACCAGUCUCCCUUCAGGAAGCUUUACGAGUCAAUGAAGGAAGAGUUUGAUGUGAAAUCAGAAAAAGGAAAUGUUCUACAGAGUGGUAGAAAAUCGGGGUCACGGAGUCAUCGCACGUCAGAGAACGAAUGUUCUGGUGGGUUACAAGACGGGACACAAGUCCUGGUCUCGCUUAAAUCCAGACCCAGGUCGGGUCGAUUCACCCCAAUUAAGGCCAACCCUGCUUUGGGAGAACAAGGAAUUAGCCGGACUGAAGACAGAAAAGGUGAGGAGGCUGUUGAGAUGCCCAAGGAGACCAUGGGACCCAGCAUCCCUCCUAAGGAGGUGACAAGAACCAAGACCCUGGUCCAACAUUCCCCACACAACUCCUCACGAAAACGUCGGAGUGAAGACGUGCGUGUUCCCAGCGGAAGUGAAUCUGUGAGUCUGGAUCAAAGGGAAGCCGUCAGGACAGAUAACCAAACAUCUACUCCUCGGAAGUUCCUAACCAGAAAUCAAACACCCACUAAAGUCGAAAAUGCUGAUAAUCUGGGGGCUACACCAGAAAAACACUUCUCCAGAAAGAGGGGGAGUGUUCCUACCGGUGUGGACAUUCCAGCUACAGAACCAGAAACUCAGAAUCACACUGUUUUAGCUCCACUGCCCGUUCAAGUUGAAAGGAAGAUUCAAGGCGUUUCCGGGCACCAGCCUGAGAAAGUGGGCGCCCCUGCUGGGCACCUGGGCUCUGGGUUCCUGGGCCACAGUUCGGUUGAUAGCGGCCACUCUGGUGACUCCAUUAAUAAGAUUGAGGGAACACCCCUGAAAAGAAGGCGGGUCUCCUUUGGUGGUCGUCUGAAGCCGGAGUUAUUUGAUGAGAAUUUACCCCCUAAUACACCUCUCAAGAGAGGGGAGACACCGAGACGGUCUCUUGUCAGCCACCCUCCGCCUGUCCUGAAGAAAAUCAUCAAGGAAUACCCUCAACCAUCAAGAAAAGAAGAUUCUUCAGAAAUCCGUUUGGAAGCGACUGCACCUGACCAGUGUACGGGAUCUCCAGCUCCGAACCCGCCGAAAACGUCACCAGUUGCAAAUGACACCCGCCGUCGGUCAUGCAAGGUGUCCGCCGUCUCCAGUGGCAGCAAAUCUCCUCAUCACACCGACGUUCCCAAGAGGGGAGCAAGGAAGAGCGGCAGCGUGCCUUCAAAGAGAACUUCCAUCGAUCGAAGCCAACAUGAGAUCUUGCAGAGGAUUUACUCCAAAAGAAGGAGUGGUGCUUCUGAAGCCAAUUUAAUUGUGGCAAAGUCGUGGGCGGACGUCGUAAAACUCGGAGCCAAACAAACCCAAGCUAGAGUGGUCAAACGUGGUCCCCAAAGGCAGCUGAGCAAAAGGCACCGGAGAGCGAAUACUCCACAGAAGCCUGUUCGCGAUGUUCACAAUCAGUUUAGCACCGGCCACGCCAACUCUCCUUGUACCAUAAUAAUAGGGAAAGCCCACACUGAGAAAGUACACGUGCCCACUCGGCCCUACAGAAUGCUCAACAACUUUGCAUUCAGCAAAAAAAUGGACUUUAAUGAAGAUCUUUCAGGGUUAACUGAAAUGUUCAAGACUCCGGCGAAAAUGAAGCCACAAGCACUGAGCCUAUGUCCCAAUGCUUUUUCAAAGUCAGAGGAUUUCCUCGGAAAAAAGCCUUCGGAAGUACCUAAUUCAGGAGAAAAACCUCUGCUGUGCACUUCAGAAAAUUUUGGAGAGACUAUAUUCCCCAUGACUCAGAAGGCACCGCAAGAGCCAUCCGAUCAAAGUCCUGUCUGCUCUGCUCUCAGACGGCCGGCUAUUAGAGUAAACUUGAACAUCGAGAAAACUCCAGGAUCAGAGGCAGAGCCUCCAAACAAGUUUCGAAGGUCCGCGGAGCUCAGAAAUACGCAGAUGCCAGGUCCAGGGCCCAGGGACGAAGAAGCAAACACAGACACUGCUGAGAACACUUCCGGGCAACGUCUGAGGAAAACUCCACAACGAAGACAGAGACCAGAGGGAGCGACAGAGGAAUGGGAGAGCUGUUUUGAAGCAUGUGAGAAACCUGUCAAAUCAGAAGACUGUUCUGAAAAGACGGUAGAUAUGAGGAGAUCGAGAAGAUAUUCAGAGCAAAAAUGGAAACCAAUAGCAGACCUGACCACCCUCAAGAGACAGCAGGACACAGAACCCAAGGAAGACCUGGGGGGCAUGCGAGGUCUCUCCCAAACCCCCAGUCACACCCAGGAACUAAUGGAUGUGGGAAACAAAACUGCAGAAAAGUGCCAGAAAUCUUCAAAACCAGAAUCAGUUGGCAUGCCAACCAGGAUGAACAUACAGCUCGAGACCUCUCCCCAGAAAGUGGACCUAGAGGAAGAGCCGUCAUCUCUCAGGAAGCCCACCCACACGCUGGGAGAAAGCAUCCCCUCACACAGAGAACCAGGAGAUGGUGAUGAAGACAUGAAGUGGUUUAACAGAACUCCAAAGCAGAGCAUGGACUCUGCAGAAAAUGUAACUGGAAGCAAGAGGCUGUCAAGAACACCCAAGAGAAAUGUCCAGUCCUUAGAAGACUUGGCUGGCCUCAGAGAGCUCUUCCAAACACCAAAUCACACAGAUAAACCAACGGCUGAUGACAAAACCACCAAGGUCCCCUGCAAAUCUCCACUAGCAGAUCCAGUCAACACACCAACAAGUAGAAAGUGGCAGCUUGAGACCCUUCCCCAGAAUGUGGACCUAGAUGAAGACCCCUCAGCUCUCAGGAAGCCCACCCGAACACCAAGGACAGCCGUGCUGUCAUACAGAGAACCAGGAGGUGACGGUGAAGACAUCAAAUUGUUCAAGGAAACCCCAAAGCAGAAACUGAAUCCUGCAGAAAAUAUAACUGGAAGCAGAAGGCGGCCAAGAAUACCCAAGAAAAUGGUCCAUUCCCUAGAAGACCUGGUUGGUCUCAAAGAACUGUUCCAAACCCCAGAGCACACCCAGGACCCAGUGACCAAUAACAAAACCACUAAAGCCCCCUGCAAAUCGCCAGUAGCAGAGCCAGUCAACACAUCAACAAACAGAAGGAGGCAGCUCAAGACUGCUGCCCAGAAAGUGGACCUAGAGGAAGAACCCUCAGCUCUCAGGAAGCCCAUACGAACAGCGGGGGAAAGCGGGCCCUUACACGGAGAACCAGAAGGUGGUAAUGAAGACAUCAAAUUGUUUAACAGAACUCCAAAGCAGAAAGUGGAUUCUGCAGAAAAUGUAACUGGAAGCAAGAGGCGGUCAAGAACACCCAGGAGAAAUGUCCAGUCCUUAGAAGACCUGGCUGGCCUCAGAGAGCUCUUCCGAACACCAAACCACACAGAUAAACCAAUGGUUGAUGACAAAACCACCAAAGUCCCCUGCAAAUCUCCACUAGCAAAACCAGUCAACACACCAACAAGUAGGAGGCGUCAGCUCGAGACCCCUGGCCAGAAAGUGGACCUAGAGGAAGAACCCUCAGCUCUCAGGGAGCCCAUACGAACAGCGGGGGAAAGCGGGCCCUUACACGGAGAACCAGAAGGUGGUAAUGAAGACAUCAAAUUGUUUAACAGAACUCCAAAGCAGAAAGUGGAUUCUGCAGAAAAUGUAACUGGAAGCAAGAGGCGGUCAAGAACACCCAGGAGAAAUGUCCAGUCCUUAGAAGACCUGGCUGGCCUCAGAGAGCUCUUCCGAACACCAAACCACACAGAUAAACCAAUGGUUGAUGACAAAACCACCAAAGUCCCCUGCAAAUCUCCACUAGCAAAACCAGUCAACACACCAACAAGUAGGAGGCGUCAGCUCGAGACCCCUGGCCAGAAAGUGGACCUAGAGGAAGAUCUCGGGAAGGCCACGCAAACACCGGGGGAAAGCACAGACACACACAGAGAACCAGGAGGUGGUGAUGAAGACAUCAGAUUGUUCAAGGAUACCCCAAAGCAGAAACUGAAUCCUGCAGAUAAUGUAACUGGAAGCAAGAGGCAGUCAAGAACACCCAAGAAAAAUGCCCAGUCCUUAGAAGACCUGGCUGGCCUCAGAGAGCUCUUCCAAACUCCAGAGCACACCCAGGACCCAAUGACUGAUGACAAAACCACCAAAGUCCCCUGCAAAUCUCCACUAGCAGAACCAGUCAACACACCAACAAGUAGGAGACGUCAGCUCGAGACCUCUCGCCAGAAAGUGGACCUAGAGGAAGAGCCGUCAUCUCUCAGGAAGCCCACCCAAACACCGGGGGAAAGCAUCCCCUCACACAGAGAACCAGGAGAUGGUGAUGAAGACACCAAAUGGUUUAACAGAACUCCAAAGCAGAGCAUGGACUCUGCAGAAAAUGUAACUGGAAGCAAGAGGCUGUCAAGAACACCCAAGAGAAAUGCACAGUCCUUAGAAGAGCUGGCUGGCCUCAGAGAGCUCUUCCAAACCCCAGAGCACACCCAGGACCCAAUGACUGAUGACAAAACCACCAAAGUCCCCUGCAAAUCUCCACUAGUAGACCCAGUCAACACACCAACAAGUAGAAGAAGGCAGCUCGAGACCUCUCGCCAGAAAGUGGACCUAGAGGAAGAGCCCUCAGCUCUCAGGGAGCCCACCCGAACUCCAGGGGAAAGCACACACUCGCACACAGAGCCAGGAGGUGGUGAUGAAGACGUCGGGUUGUUCAGGGCAAUCCCACAGCAGAAAUUAGACACUGCAGAAAAUGUGAGUAAAAGCAAGAGGCAGUCAAGAACACCUAAGAAAAACCCCCAGUCCUUAGAAGACCUGGCUGGCCUCAGAGAGCUCUUCCAAACCCCAGAGCACACAGAUAAACCAACAGCUGAUGACAAAACCACCAAGGUCCCCUGCAAAUCUCCACUAGCAGAUCCAGUCAACACACCAACAAGUAGGAGGCGUCAGCUCGAGACCCCUGGCCAGAAAGCGGACCUAGAGGAAGAUUUCAGGAAGCCCACACAAACGCCAGGGGAAAGCACAGACACACACAGAGAACCAGGAGGUGGUGAUGAAGACAGGUUGUUCAAGGCAAUCCCACAGCAGAAAUUAGACGCUGCAGAAAAUGUGAGUAGAAGCAAGAGGCAGUCAAGAACACCUAAGAAAAACGCCCAGUCCUUAGAAGACCUGGCUGGCCUCAGAGAGCUCUUCCAAACCCCAGAGCACACAGAUAAACCAACGGCUGAUGACAAAACCACCAAGGUCCCCUGCAAAUCUCCACUAUCAGAACCAGUCAGCACACCAAGUAGAAAGAGGCAGCUCAAGACCCCUCUCCAGAAAGUGGACCUAGAGGAAGAACCCUUAGCUCUCAGGAAGCCCACCCGAACACCAAGGAAAACCACGCUGUCAUACAGAGAACCAGGAGGUGGUGCUGAAGACAUUCACUUGUUUAAAGAAACUCCAGAGAAGAAGCUAGACCACGUAGAAAAUGUAACUGGCAGCAAGAAGUGGAUAAGAACAAGUAAGGAAAAGGCCCAAUUCCUAGGAGACAUGGUCGGUUUUAAAGAGCUCUUCCAAACUCCAGAGCACACCAAUGAACUAACAGCUGUUGUCCAAACUGCAGUGACGCCCUGCAAAUCUCCACUAGCAGAAACAGUCAACACACCAACCCACAUGAAGAGAUGUCUGAAGAUACCUCUGGGGAAGAUGGACUUAGAGAAAGAGCUCUCACCUCUCAGGAAGCCCACCCAAACGCCAAGGGGAGCCACACACACAUACACAGAACCAGGAGGUGGUGAUGAAGCCAUCAGACAGUUCAAGGAAACCCCAAAGCAGAAACUGAAUCCUGCAGAAAAUAUAACUGGAAGCAGAAUGCGGCCAAGAACACCCAAGAAAAUGGUCCAUUCCCUAGAAGACCUGGUUGGUCUCAAAGAACUGUUCCAAACCCCAGAGCACACCCAGGACCUGGUGACUGAUAACAAAACCACCAAAGUCCCCUGCAAAUCGCCAGUAGCAGAGCCAGUCAACAAGCCAAUGAGUAGAAGGAGGCGACUCAAGCCCUCUCCGCAGCAAGCAGACACAGUGCUGGAGCCGUCGGCUCUCAGAAAGUCCACCCGAACACGGGGGAGAAACACACAGUCACUCAGAGAACCAGGGGGUGCUGACGAAGAAAACAAAUUGUUGAAUAAAACUGCAAAGCAGAAACUAAACUCUGCAGAAAACGUAACUGGAAGCAGGAGGCAGUCAAGAACAGCCAAGAAAAAUGCCCAGUCCUUAGAAGACCCGGCUGGCCUCAGAGAGCUCUUCCAAACCCCAGAGCACACCCAGGACCUAGUGACUGAUGACAAAACCACCAAAGUCCCCUGCAAAUCUCCACUAGCAGAGCCAGUCAACAAGCCAACCAGUAGAAGCAGGCGACUCAAGCCCUCUCCCCAGCAAGCGGGCGCAGCAGAAGAGCCGUCGGCUCUCAGGAAGUCCACCCGAACGCGGGGGAGAAACACACAGUCCCUCAGAGAGCCAGGGGGUGCUGACGAAGACAUCACAUCAUUGAAUGAAACUGCAAAGCAGAAGCUGAGCCCUGCAGAUAAUAUAACGCUCAGGAAAAAUCGGCUAAGAGCCCCCAAGGAAGAGGCCCAGCCCCAGGAAGACCUGGCCAGGCUCAAAGAGUCAUCCCCAGGGCAGGAUCGCAGCAAGGAACCGGGGAAGGACCCGGGGAGUAUUGAGGGAGCUCCAGAGCAAACUCCAGACAGGAGGAAACCAGUGGAAGUUUUGCGAAGAGGCCUCAGGGCCCCAAGAGUAAUAGCCGUGGACGACCUGGGGGCCCACAGAGAGCCCGUCGAAUCUGAAAGCAAAGGUAGCAUUUCCCUGCCCUCCAAGAGGAAACGAGGAACAGAGGGAGGUUUGACAGGAACGAAAAGGCUGGGCUCUGCGACCCCUGCCCAGGGAGCCACAGAGGAGAAGCCGCCCCAGAAGAGGAGGAGGACAACUCCCACAGAGGGGUGUGGCCCACCCGAACCCCUGACAGCGAAGAAGAGGAUGAGGGUCGUGGCAGAAAGGAUGGAACUCCUGGGAGACCCGCCGAGGAGCCGCAGGGAGACUAAAGCACGGGGGCGAGAAGCAGGGAGGACGACCCCUCCACAUCAGGGAAUGUCCCUGCGCUCUAGACGGCCAAAUAAAACUGAGAUGGAAGAGGAAGGACCUGAACCUGUUCUAACAGCAGGAGAAAAGCCGAAAACAAAGACAAGUGACAAGAAGCCUUUGAUGACGUCCAAAGAGACGAUGUUACAAACCCCAGAAGACGGAGCCAAGAACUUGACAUCUGGGGGCAAAGCCCCUGAAAGCAGAAUGCGUCUGAGGUCUACAAGACCGAGUAAGAUGCCCUCACCUGACAUAGCCGAGGAGAAGCAAAGGGAGAAAAGAGCGGGUGUCCACAGGAAGAAGCAGGAGGAAGAAGUUAAGCAACCUUCAGACCCCGUGCGUUUGAGAUCCAGAAAAAUUACAGUCCCUCCUGGAGGAAAUGCUUUCGAGAGUGAACCACAACAAAGGGUAACUCGAAGUGUCAAGAGAAGUGCCGAAAAUAUUAAAAAGGAUAAUGACAAUGUGUGCGUCAAGAAAUUAAGAACCAGAAGUCGUCGGGACAAUGAAGAUAUUUAGCUAAGAAACAGAAAAGGGAAAAAAAGAAGUAAUAAGCUCAGUUUAGUGAUAUAUAUUCUACUAUAAUAUUUGGGUAAAUUUCAAAGGGAAGUUUGUAAAUAAUGCUAUCCGGGUGUUUAAGGAAAAAAGCUUAGAAUCUUCUGUCUCCAAGUGGUCUGUUCACAAAGGCCCCAUGGAGGUCAUGAAGAGGACUGCCGGUCUCAUAAAGUGAUAACAAUAUAAAACUUGGCUUGGGGACGGGUGGGGGGCAGGGGUUGGGACCAAGCGUGGCCUUUAAUGUGGCAAAAUGAAGCCCUGAAGUUUAUCACCCUGGCCCGUCCUUGUUAGCCCCGCACGCCAGCACUUGCCGCGCUGCACUGUAAAUGCUCUGUGUUGGUCCGUGUCCCACAUCAGAAUGUGAAAGCAGGGGCUUCUGUCCCUGGAUCCCUAACAGCGGGCAGGUACUCAGGAAACAUGAAUGAAUGGGCAGAUGAACAAACAUCAGCUAUUCCGUUACCAUGGGGGACACGUUGGGUCCCCUCACGAGGGCUGUUGGUCACCUGCAUGGGACAGCCCCAUCCUCAGGGUCCUUACCACGGAAGGGAAGACACGUGUAACCUGGAGGAGGCUGGUGGCCCCAGCUGCAGGGCGUAGGGCUCACUGUAUUUAAGGACUGGCAGGCGGCUUGCCUUUUCCGCUUCAAGCACCUUGUCCGACCUGGGACUGCUCGCAUCUGAGAAGGCAUCCGGCACUGAGUCUCGGGGCCGUCAGCCAGGGUGCCACUUGUCUCUGAACGGCGACAGCUCUCCUAGCUUCUCGCGUUUUCCUUUUGCCUUUUCUGAGCUUUGUCCUGAAUCUGCUCCCACCUGUGCUUUCUCUGAUUGCCCCUGUUGGCCUCCUUCCUUUCCAGCAUGUCCCCUUGUUCGGGAAGCAGCCCAAACCCUCCUCCAAAACAGGGACCUUGAUUCCCGCGCCGUCCAUGCUAGCCGCGGCCCCCUUCAGUCUCGGACCCGGACAGCUGCGUGCCAGGCAUCUCCACCUCCACGUUCCACUUUGUCCUGUUCCUCUUUCUGUGUUCCCUGAGUUAGAAAACAGCACACCUUCCCUCCGGGCACCUGUCCGAGUCCUCCCCACUCCCCUGUCCAGCCAGGGUGAGGUGGGGAUAGAAGACCAGAGAGGAUAGCUGUCCCCUAUAGCGUCCCUGUCUGUCCAUUCUGAUCCCGUUGUGUCUGGCAUGGAGCCAGGAGCACAUAAUAAACAAUAUCUGCUGAA